CUCUAAUAAGGUUGCUCUCCUUUUCAGGUCAAGUUAGAUUUCUGAAACAAAAACUAUGGCGAACGCUAACUUGAAGAUCUCCUACUUCAACGCCAAGGGGCGCGCAGAGCUUUCUCGCCUCGUUUUGGCAGCCGCUGGCAAGAAGUAUGAAGACUUCCGGUUCAAGGGAGACGAAUGGCCCCAGCACAAAGCCAAGACUCCCUUCGGACAAAGUCCCACACUGGAAGUGGACGGCAAAGUGUAUGGUCAGUCGAUCGCCAUCGCAACCUACCUGGCCAGGGAAUUUGUUGUCACUGGCUGACCUGGCCGUCUUUGACCUAAUUACGGGCAUGCUGGACGACAAGGUCUGCUCCUUGGACAAGUUCCCCCUGGUCAAGGCUCUCGUCGCCAAAGUUGGCGCCAUAGAAAACAUCAAAACCUGGAUCGAGACCCGCCCUGUGACGUAAUCAUUUGACCAGAACUCAUCUAGACUCUUGACUUUGACCAACGAUUUGCAACCCCUGUCCAUCGACGUCAAAACAUUCCUCAUGACCAUAUAGUGGUAGCCGUAAACGAAUAAAUAAAUUACGUGUUGUGAAUAUUCCCAAA